CGUGCCAUGUGAUUGCAGGCCUCUCCCAGUCUUCACGCAGACAGCUGCUGUUCUGAUGACAGUGCGCAUACAGACCUCUCUGAGCCAUUUAAACUUUAAAGAUCCUCCAGAGGAGGUUGUGAGUGUGUGAGAAUCACUUCUUUACUCUCUCAGCCGCUUCUCCAAAAGAUCUGGUGGUUUGAAACAACCCUGUUUUCCACAAACCCUAAGGCCUUUUAUUUGGGUCACAAUGGGAGCGUUUAUCGCCAAGAUGUUGCUGCCCACCAUCAGCAGUUUGGUGUUCCUGCCUGCAGCCAGUGUGGCCGCCAAGAGGGGCUUCCACAUGGAGGCCAUGGUCUAUUUCUUCACAAUGUUCUUCACAGCGAUAUACCAUGCAUGUGACGGUCCGGGCUUGUCCAUUCUCUGUUUCAUGAAGUAUGAGAUUCUGGAGUACUUCAGCGUGUAUGGCACAGCUAUCUCCAUGUGGGUCACACUAUUAGCACUGGGAGAUUUCGAUGAACCCAAGCGCUCUUCGCUCACCAUGUUUGGUGUGUUGACUGCGGCUGUAAGGAUCUACCAGGACCGCUUGGGCUACGGCAUCUACUCCGGCCCAAUUGGAACAGCUGUUUUCAUGAUAACAGUCAAAUGGUUACAAAAAAUGAAGGAAAAGAAAGGCCUUUAUCCAGACAAAAGUGUUUAUACUCAACAAGUGGGGCCAGGGUUCUGCUUCGGUGCUCUUGCUUUGAUGCUUCGCUUCUAUUUUGAGGAGUGGGACUACGCUUAUGUCCACAGUUUCUACCAUGUGUCACUGGCUGUGUCCUUCAUUCUGCUGCUGCCCAAGAAGAACCGCUAUGCUGGGACAGGACGCAAUGCAGCCAAACUUAACUGCUACACCCUCUGCUGCUGUGUAUGAUGCAUCUUUUUAUCUGAGCGAAGCUGUAGAGGUGCUUUCCUCACCCUGAAAGCUUCUUUAAGAUGACAAACAGUCUCAUAGUGAGCAUUUAAAGGGAUUGUUCACUCAAAAAUAAGAAUUCAUGUCAUUAUUUGUCCCUCACAUCAUUCCAAAUCCGUAUAACUUUCUUCUGUGGAACACAAAAGGUGAAAUUUAGAGUGUUGUUCAUAACACAACUUCAGUUAGAGUGAAUGGAGAUUCGAUCUGUUGAACUUGAAAAAGGGCAUAAUAAGGACUAUAUAAGUAGCAUAAAGUGGUUCAUAAAAUAUGUUAUAUUCCAAGUCUUCUGAAGUCGCUUUAUGCGAGAAACAGGCCAUGAAAGUCGCCAUUCACCAAGUCUUCAUAUCCACCCUAGUUCUUCACGGUGAAUUCACGAGAGCUCAACAAUGCCCGGUUUAAGAAAAACCUUCUUUUGAGUCAGAUCUUUUCAGUGAAUCAGUUGAUUCAGUGCACAAAAUUGGUCUGAAUAAUUCUGCCAGGAAUUCAGGAAUAUCAACAGACUGGAGGAGGAAAAUAUCAGUGUAUAAUGACUUAAAUUUCUACAUGUAUCUGACUGCGUCCUUCAGUACUAUAAACCACGCUGCUGCAAUUACACCUACUGCUACAAGUUACGCCCCCUGCAACAAAACAGCCAAUUAGGGAAAGUGAUCAGAGCCAAUGCCCUGAUAGUUACUGAUGUCAUCAUUAGUACCGAUCUUCUUCUACUACACUUUUCUCUGUCUUUUAUCUUCACUAUUGCCACCAAGUGAUAAGACAUGCCUAUCGUAUUAAGGCAGGAACACACCAAGCCGAAGGUCGGCCGUCGAGCAGUUUUUGUUUGUCGGCCGACUCAGUUUUCUCAGUGUGUUCUGUACUGUUGGCUGAAGUUGGUCCUCGUCUGCUUUUUUUCGGCCGAUUCGACAUGUUGAAUCGGCAUCAGAGCUCAUCGGUCCGUCUGGCCAUCUGAUCAUUCUGACUGGCUGUUCAGCUACUGCCACCUGCUGGUACGGAAAGGCAUUUCAUCUUACAUAGGCGCAGAACGGACGUGCUACUUGGCCGUCGGGUGUCGAGCGUCGGUUUGGUGUGUCAGGGCAAUUUUGGACCCAGACGCUGAGCCAACUCCGCAGUCUGCUUUGGUCACCACUAGUACGUCGGCGUCGGCUUGGUGUGUUCCUGCCUUUACAAUAGAAUAGGUCACAGAUGGCAGAACUCAUCCUGUUUGUUUUCACAGAAGAAAGUUAUACAGGUUUGGAACAACAUGAGGGAGAUUAAAUGAUAACAGAAUUGUCAUUUUUAAGUGAAUUAUACCUUUAAUUUCCCAGAAAGUGUCCCUCAUGUUAAUCACACUCCUUUUCUCAAUGGCAGACAUCACAACCUCAGAUGAAGGAAAAAGCACGGACUAUCUGGACUACUUCUCAAAAACCCUGGAUGCGGACCUGUGGUCCUGGCCUGCCGUUACACAAAUCCCGGCCACGCACCAUG